AUGGCAUUGUCCAUUUCCGCCGCUUCCACCACCGCAUUCAAGCCUCUUUCACUCCUCCUCCUUCUCCUCCUCCGCUUCCUCGGCGGCUCCGCAGAGUUCUUCAUAGUGAAUGACGAAGAAAAGAUACCAAAAUCCGACGUUGAUCUUUUGGAAUUCCCUUUAAAUUUAGAGUACUUGGAAGCUGAAUUCUUCUCAUGGGGAGCUUUGGGCCAUGGCUUGGAUAGAUUUGCUCCGAGUCUCGCCAUGGGCGGUCCACCUCCUAUCGGCGCUAAAAAGGCCAAACUCAGUGCACAUUUGAAGGAUAUUAUUGCACAAUUUGCAUUUCAAGAAUUUGGACAUCUGAGAGCGAUAAAGAAGACGGUUCCAGGAUUCCCCAGGCCAUUACUGAAUCUAAGUGCAUCUUCAUUUGCUACUAUUAUGAACAAUGCAUUUGGGAAACCAUUGGUGCCUCCUUUUGAUCCUUAUGCAAAUGACAUCAACUAUCUUCUUGCAUCCUAUGUUGUUCCUUACGUUGGACUCACCGGAUAUGUCGGGGCAAACCCAAAACUCCAAAGCUCUACAGCCAAAAGGGUAGUGGCGGGCCUUUUGGGCGUGGAAUCAGGUCAAGACGCAAUUAUAAGAGCGCUCCUCUACGAAAGGGCAAUGGUAAAGGUAAUACCCUAUGGAUACACGGUGGCCGAAUUCACUAAUCGAAUAUCAUAUCUACGAAAUAAGCUAGGAAAAGGGGGAUUAAAAGAUGAAGGACUAAUAGUGAAACCAGCACAAGGUGCCGAGGGUAGAAUUCGAGGGAAUGUGCUCGCCGGGGACAAAUUCUCUUUGGCAUUUGAUCGAACGCCUGAAGAAAUACUUAGAAUCGUGUAUGGAAGUGGAAACGAGAAUAAGCCUGGUGGAUUUUACCCAAAAGGAGCUGACGGAGAAAUAGCCAAGUCUCAUUUGCAUGAUGUGGUGAAAUAUAAUUUGCUAAAUACUUAG